AUGCUGAAAGACAUCACAAACGUGGUAAAUAAUACUGAGAGUGACAAGAAGAUUGACGUGAAUAAAGUACUUAAGUCUUCAGUCAAGGAUACAGAACAUGUCCUGAAGAGUCCCAGCAGUCACUGCCAAUCGCCAUAUCAACCCUUAGCAAAAUAUAAGGAAGGUGAUGGGGUUAUGAAACAGAUUGAUUUCUCUUCAAGUCUUGACUCUAACAAGGAGAAUAUUCAUAACUCGCAGAACCAUACAGAUGUCUUUAACAAAAUAUGUAACUAUGAGACUCCUGAUGAGACUCUUAACGUAUUAAAGCCUGUGACACACAAUGCACCAGGUACCAGUGCUACCAAAUUCGGUAGUGGGUCUCAUGAGCUAGUUAUUGAAACAGAUAGCAAGGAGGAGCUUUGAAUGAAAUCAGCUCUGAAGGAACGGAACUCUCCCAAAAUAAUGGACAUUAAGAUUCCCAAGUUCAAUCUCUCUUCUGACGAAGAAGAGCCGGGUAAUGAAAAGAGCUAUAUUUUGAACAAAUUAGCAGCUAGUUUUGAAUCCCCAGUGUCCAACUCAAGCGACGAGAUUAAGUUUAAAGUACUAAAAAGUCAGAAUGAAGAAGAAAGUUGAACCGAAAGUGACGAUAGCAUCAAAAGACAUAUUCUUAAAACUGCAGUCAAGAAGAAGAGGAACAGGUCCCAUAGCUCUUCCAAUAGCGAACCCUUAAGCAGGAAUUCAGGAAUGGGUAUGAAUAAAAUAGAUAUGAACAAUAUUGAGAACUUUGAAUCUCCGAGGAAUGAUUCAAAGGAGCCACCACAGAAUAAAAUUUUUGAAUAUGGAUCCUCUAAGAGUUCAAAAUCGUUUGAUUACAGUAUGAAAGAAUGCCCGAUCACUCCAGAUAAGCGGAACAAGAGGGCUGUCAAUAACAUGGAUUUGCGAAGUCCAGUGACUAGGAUUUUGACUUUAGACCAGUCCUCGGCAAAGUUACUUAGGAAAGUAGCAUAUUCUAUGAUAAAGGAUACAAAGAAGGCAGCUCAGAGUGCACAGAUUUCUCACAAAGGGUUCUCUCCUGAAAAGUUAGCUAAGAAGCUUGAGUAUAUCUCUGAAGAAGAGUCCUUAACAGGAUCUAACGUGCCGAGUUCAGUUAUCAUUACAGAUUCUGAGGUCUCAGAGAACACCAGGUGGAGGAACUACGGCAAGAAGAAGGUCAAGAAGGGAGAAAUUUAUGAUAUCAUUAAUAAUAGACUUUAUGUGCUUGAAUCUGCUAAAGAAGAUGUUGUUCAACCAGCUAAAGAUGAUAGUAAUUCCUUUGAGAAAACUGAGGCAUUGAUGAAGAAAUGCAAAGCUCUGAGUAAGAAAAUUAAGCCAUUGAAUGAUAAGUUUUACACUGACUACACUGUCAUCGAGAUUGUUGGGAACGGAAACUUCGGACAAGUUUAUAAAUGUACCCUUAAAUCCGACUCAUCAGAAAAGCUACUAGCAGUGAAGAAGUCUAAAGUACAAUUCAUUUCUUACAAGGAUCGGCUUGCAAAGGAAGAAGAGAUUCGAAAAUGGCAGAUCAUUACCAAUAAAAACCUUAAGAAUGAAGGAUUUCAGUGCAUUAAGCUGUACGAGUCAUGGGAAGAAAACGGUUAUAUCUUUAGUAGUAGUGAAUACUGUGAAAAUGGAAAUCUUUCUCAGUGGCUGCAAGCCAAGAAACACAAGCUAACUGAUAGAGAGGUUUAUAACUGUAUUAAAGAUAUGGCUAAAGCCAUACAGCAAGUCCAUCAGUCUGGGAUCAUUCAUAUGGAUAUCAAGCCUGACAACUUCUUGGUUACAAAGAAUGAACGGAUUAAGCUAGGAGAUUUUGGACUUGCAAUCCAAUAUAACGAUAAAGGACAAGUAAAAGAAGGAGAUAAUCAGACUGAUGUUCAAAGAAGUGAGCCCUUCGAUAUUUCUGAAGGGGAUGCAUCCUAUCUUGCGCCAGAACUUUUGAAUUUCAACCCUCUUGUGAGUCCAAAGAUAGAUGUCUUUAGCUUCGGGCUGACUCUUCUAGAAUGAUUCAAUAGUAGCGGAAUUUCAAAGCUUCCUCAAAACGGAGAUUUAUGGAUAAAAAUCAGAGAGGAGAAUCCAUCAAGUUUUGUCGAAUACCCAUACCAAGGCCUUAGCGAGUUGAUAGAUAAUAUGACUCUAAAGAACGUCAACAACAGAUACACCAUAGAACAAGUCCUUUGCAGCUCAUUUAUGAAGCGUUUCGAAGAGAAAAAGCAGAUAAUCCCAACACAAAUUGAUCUGAAGCAUGAAAAAGUAAAGAACACGGCUGAGUUAUCAAAUUUGUUGAAGAAAUUACAAAAGCAAAUAGUUGAAAAGAGAAUGAAAGUUGAUAAAAGAGUUUCUAGCGAAGGUAAAAUGAAAAGGACCAACUGCUCCAAAGGGAUUAACCGAGAUAAUUGCGAAGCUUAUUGUAAUGAGUUUGAGACUCCUCAAACCUCGAAGAUAAAUCCAAGGACUGGCUAUAGUGCCUCUGUUAACAAGAAAGAGUCCUCUAUCAUUAAGAAACCCUUCAAGUGGAAUUUUAGCGAGAAAGCUGUGAAUAACUUGAACAAGAAGAAAAUAUUUAAGUACAGGAAUCAGAAUAUGUCUAGCUCUAUUAGGAGAGUCUUGGAAAAGCUGAAUUCUUCUGAUAUGAAGAACCUUAAGUUUACUAAAGGUGUCAAGAGCAAGAAGAUAUAAAUUCCAAGCCUGCACCUCCCUUCGUCUCCAACCCAUUUAAUAGAAAACAAAGUAAUGUUAUGAAUAAGGUGAAGGGACUGAGGAGCUCAUACAACAAUACAGAUAUGAACUACCACUUAAAGCAGAACAAGAAAGGAAAUAAGAGAAAGAAGAGUGAGAAGAGCAAGAAGAGAAAGAAAAGCGAUCUUAGGCCAAAGAAGAUAUCCCAAGGAAGUAGCAGCUCAAGAUCCCGUAGAAAGAAAGUAUCUUCAAAGAUUAGUAGAUCAGGACAAAGAAAGAUCCAUAAUAGCAAGAACUCUAAAAAGGACUUUAGUUUUAGUAAGCCUUCUAGAUAUUUGAAUCAGAUCCGUACUGAGAACAGACCUUGCAAGCUAAAGCAAACGAAGAAUACAAUUAGUCGUAACUCCCUUCAGGCUCGUAAGAACAAUUAUAAUCCUGUAUACACUCCUGUGAAGAAACCAUACUACUUGAACCAUGUUGUGGGGUCUAAAUCGAACAAAUAAAUCAGGCAUAGUUCGUACUUCUCAGAAAGCAGUGACUACAUUCGAAAGUAUCUGGAGUGCUUACACUGAUAAGCAGCUACGCCGCUUCAAUUUUGCAAAGGAUGCUAAUGACAGAAUUGUUCCGCUGAACCUGUACCACAAAUUUAACCAUAAAGUCGGUAAUAACACUAAAUCCGUGAAGGAGAUCUCCAGAGCAAAGUCCAAGCCAAGGCAGUUAAAAAAAGCAAGACAAGGAAAAACAAAGGGUCAGAAUCAGGGUAAAGGAGAGAGCGCCAAGAGGGUUCAGUGGAAGGGAAAGAUUAAUUUUCAUACCAACUCGUUGAGCAAACUUCCAUUAGAGUUGACUAAGUUCCUUAAAAAGUAA